CAAGACAUCUGUCCAACAGAGCCAGGAUUGGACAGGAGGUCAAAGAGCCGGGUCAAGGAGCACGUGCGUCACGGUGUCGGACACCAGCACACGCCUCACAGGAGCAGGCCACACCGCAGAAAAGAUACUACUGCUUAUUACUUUCCCUGCAGUCAGCUCACAGGCUCGCCCCUCCCCCGUAACAUUUCAGAAAAAUCUGAAAAGCCUGGGUUCCAGAAUCAAAAUCUGAAUGAAGGCAGACUGACUAGCCCACUUGUUGCUGAAGUCACUGCUGAGCAUCAUGCCUUUUGCCACUGCGUCUGUCAGGGCUGGGACAGAAAGCUAGAGCAAUGCCGGAAGCUGGAGCUGCUAUCUUCAAAUGAAAAUCGAGAGACGUCUUUGCAAAGAAGACAAGAAAAAACCAUACAAAAGCCCCGUUUGGGGUGCAGUGUGACAAAACCAUAUCGAAUACUGGGUUAAAAUCAAAUAUAUAUAUAAAAUUGUAAACUGUGCGUCGUGUGCAUUACAGUUGAAUGUACGGUUGUCAACAUCGUUUUAUUGUGAAAACCCAGCUGACAGGAAGCUAAGUGUCAGUGCGCUGCCUUGACGCUGUGCGGUCACAGUUGGGUUGAUAUUCAUCACAGGACGGCAAUUUUCAAGUAAAGUUGGCACUUAAAUUCAAAGUGUUGUAGUUCCAAACAAAAAAAGGGGAAACUGGUUUAUGAAAGCGGGACAUUCGGCUAAAUGACGUAGUUAAUAGUUAGUUAACGUCAUUUAUGUGCCGGUUCGGAAAGUCUCUCUGACUCUUCACUUCACUGUUAAUGAUGACCUCGAGUGCUUUCAUGAGCGUACUGGUAUCAGCGUUUGGACUUCUUCUGUCAGGUUUCAGAGUUGGUGCAGAGGAGAUGCCGCCCCGCAUCGUCCACCACCCCUCUGACGUGGUGGUGAAAGUCGGGAAUCCCGCCACGCUCUCCUGCCGGGCUGAUGGCAGCCCGAAGCUGACCAUCGAGUGGCUGCGAAAUGGCCAGCCUCUGGAGAUGGCAAAGGGAGAUGGACAGUUGCAGCCCAUGGUUUUGUCAGAGGGGAGCCUCUUCUUCCUGAGCGUGGGAGGGGGCAGGCGAGGUCAGUCGCACGAGGGUGUCUACACCUGCGUGGCCAGGAACAGUGCAGGCAAGGCCACCAGCCGUAACGCAUCAUUGUAUAUCGCAGUGCUGCAGGAGGAGUUCAGUGUGCAGCCCAGUGAUGUGGAGGUGGCAGUGGGGGAGGUGGCUGUCUUGAACUGUGGCCCCCCAGUGGGACACCCUGAACCUAAUGUCAUCUGGAAGAAGGAUGGCUUGCCCAUCAACAACACUGAUCAUCACUAUACUGAGCUGAGUGGGAAGCUUAUCAUCGCUCCUGCAGAGAAGAACCACUCUGGUGCUUAUGUGUGUGUGGCCAGCAACACUGUGGGAGUUAGAGAGAGCAGGGCGGCUCGCCUCUCUGUGCUGGCCAAGCCUGUGUUGGUGCUAAAGCCAGAAAAUGUGUCUGUGAGAAUGGGGGAGUCUGCCCAGUUCUACUGCCAAGCUAAAGGUGACCCCCUACCGGCUGUGGUCUGGAGCAGAGAGCAGGGGACGCUGCCCAACGGCAGGUAUCUUGUAAACCCAGACCAGACUCUCCAGAUCCAUUAUGUGACAGCCCAGGACGCUGGGAAGUACACCUGCACUGCUGUCAAUGAUGCAGGUGUGGUCACUGCCAGCGCCCAGCUACUAGUCGAAGAGGCUGCCAGCACUAAACAGAAAGAUCUCCACAAAGAGCUUUCAGCCCUGCGAGUUGCUCUGGAAAAUGUCACCAUCAUGGCCCCUGGUUCUAAUAUAUCCCAAGUACAAUGGAAGCUCCAGUCCCUCCCAGCCCAGCCUCAUUACCUCGAUGGCUUCGAGGUUCUGUAUCGCUCUCUGCUGCCUGCCAGCUCAGACUGGGCCGCAAAGAAGGUGACACUGCCCAGCUUCCAGACUCAGGUGGGUCCCUUAAAGAGAGGCUACAAGUAUGAGUUCAAAGUUCGUCCCUAUGGCAGCAACUUGUAUGGGAGGGAGAGCAACACCCGACACCUCAGAGUCCCUGAGACAGUGCCGAGCGCCUCUCCACUGGCUGUGUCCAUAAGAGUGAGCCAUGAGCAGAAUAACACCAUCUAUUUGAGCUGGGAGCCUCCUCCUCAUGAAACCCACAACGGUAUCAUACAGGGUUACCAGGUGUGGUGCGUGGAGUCUGAGGAGCAGCAGCACCAAAACUGGACAGUGGAUAGUGGCCAGCACAACCUUGAUAUCUCUACUCUCAAACCAGGGAAACAAUAUUGGAUCACCAUAGCAGCUGUCAAUGGGGCUGGAGUAGGAAUGCUGAGUGACCCUCAUGGAUUUGUCAUCAACCCACAACUAGGCGGUCCCCCUGAGUCAGACACCCGAAGACGGGAUGUGUCUCAGAUCCUGGCCCUGCUUCAGGACCCAGUGUUGAUCGGCAGCAUCGGUGCCCUCCUGUGGUGCUGUUUGAUGGUUGCAGCUGUCUACCUCUUCAGACGCCACAGCAGGACAGGCCACCUGAUCUCAGGACAUGGCAGGGCUAAAGGUUUGCACAGACUAGCCAAUGAAGAUCUCAUCAUAAAACACAGGAUGGCGGCUCCAGACUCCCCUUGGAUCUCUGGAGGCUGGAGACCUGCCUUCAACCACAAGUAUCAGGACUUAUGGGCUCAAGGUCAGAAACAUCCAGGGAUCAGGAGCACCAGCCUCCCAGUCUCAUCCAAGAAGGACCCCAGCUGCCUGGACUCACCUGUCCCCGUUGUGACCGACAGCUGCGGCAUCUAUGGCACGUUUUACGUAGACCUGAUGGGCAAUGGCCUCAAGACCUUCAACAGUCCCGGGCGUUGCCCUAAAAUGCCUCACGGUCUGCUCCAUCAGCAAGGAACUGAGACCAUCCAGAUAUUCACUCAGCCUGCCACAAAGACCUCGCCCCUCAGUAGCCAGGAGGCGCUACCAUGGAAACAGGCCAUACGCCCCCAGCCCAGGAUGGGUGUGCUGAGGGAGUCAUGGGAAAAGACCCAUAGCAAGCAAGAGUUGCAUGCAGUGAACAGUGUCCCCAUUGUAAGCAACCAGGCUUGUCCAUCCAGUGUCUACAAACAGAGACUCAGUCACAUACCAUCAGGCCGGCACGAGUGUGGUAAAAUUGCUGGUUGUCCUCGCCUGCUGCAUUACUCUGCAUCAUUACACCUACUGGACAUGCUCCCCCCCCCACCACCAAUACCCAUAGAGGACACCACGGACACACACAGCCUCACCUCAGAUGAAGGCUCCAGUCGUUCUACAAAGCUAACAGUGGACAUUGGCUCUCUCCAGUCAGUGUGUGCUUCAUCAGGCCACCGUGGGAAACCAGGACCCACCACCAACAACAACAGCUGCCCCUCCUACAGCCACCUGUCUACUACAUCAUAUUCCACGUCAAUGGAUGACGAACAGGGUGGCACACUGACAACAGAGGAAGCCACCCAGUAUCUGGAGCUCAGCCCUAAACCUGAGAGAUGCAGCAGUGCCCUGCCUGAGCAGCGUCCCUCCCUGUCCCACCCCUUCUCCCCCACCCUGGGCUACAUCCGUGGGCCAGUCUGCUCCACUCAGCUGGAGGAUGACCCUGCCUCCGUUGAGCCUGAGGCCCCACCAAUUGGCUUGCGGCGUGCCCGCCUGCAGAGCACACCUUCCUCCUGCUACAGUGAAUGGGACAGCUCACUGUGGAACACCUGGAGCUCAGUCAUGGACGGCAACAUGGCCAGCGCGCGCACCAGCCUCAUCAGCUCGGUAGACAGCUGCUACACUAACGACAGCACCAACUUUGCCCGCUUGCUGGCUGUGGCAGCGGAGACCAUGAGUGGAGCCUCUUUGUCAGACUUCUCUCCGCCAGCCUCCCCCCUCAGUGCCUUGUACCCGUCGUUUCAUGCAGAAGGCGACUCGUUCGGAGAGCUGGAGCCUGUUCCUGCGUGGGACUGGAGCACGGCCUGGGUGGAGGAAAUGGAGGCUCAGUACAGAGCACACUAUCCUGGCACAAACACCAGACCCUUUGACCCUUAGGGACUCUGCCAGGAGAGUAAAAGAUACAAGUGAAUUUUGAGAACUUCAUUUACACCUCACGGCAAUGCCAGAACUGCAAGACAAGAAGAGGGGAUAGACAUGAUGCUGCAACUGUUGUUGAUUUCCUUUUUGAGUGCUGCAAACAAUUUUGAGGUCUGAAUAAUUCAGGGUUUGACAUGUAGCGACUUCCCAGUAAAGAAUAGAUAAAUGUCUGGAUUUGAAAUAGAACCGGAGCCAACUCCUUGAUGUUUGAGACACCUCUGUUAGUAGAUGUUGCAUGUCUGUUGUUUGUCUGAAAUAGUUUUCCCAGUUUACCUCAUGGAAGUCCGGCUACUAUUUUGCAUCCUUCAAAUGACUUCCAUUGAGUUUCUAAAGUUUUCUUCCCUCUCUGUAGCCUUUCCUCUCAUUAGAGAAAUGGAUAAUGAGAUCCUUCCCUUGAGAUGUUCUCACCCAGUGUGUUUUGAAAAGGCCAGGAAAGCACAAAGACAGGAUGCGAGACAGUGAGAAAGCAGUCAUUAGGCAGAAGAAAUACGGUGCCGGAGUUUUCCUCACAGCACACGUUUGUUACUUAUUUUCAUGUUUGUUGCAGGAAUUUAUUACGGCUGAAGUCCUACCAAAUAGAACACAGCACAUAUAGCAGUGAUUUUGUACAGACAGUUUUACUGAUCAAGUGUGUAUAUGCAGGAUAUUCAACGAAUGUUAUUUAAAGAAUUUUAAACACAUUCCAAAUCAUUUUCUGUCUUCCUGUUUAUUUUGGUGAUUUCUUUGACAUUCUGUGAAUUCUUUUAUAUUUUAGGAUUGUUUUUGUCUUUAUACACCCUGUCCACUCUUUAAUGUUACACAAAGUUUGCAUUAGACAAAACAUUCUGUAGUUCAGAAUGGCAAAAGUAGAAAAAGUUAUUCAAUUGAACUAACUUAAGGUAUUACCUUUAAAUAACUUUUAGUAAGCACUCAAUAAAAAGUAUUGUACGUAUAAGUAUAAGUAAGUGCUGUAUGCAUGGCUUAGUGCUUGAUGAUUUUUUUCUAUAUAAAUUCACUAAUGGUAAUAGAAUCAAGGUUUUACAUUUUGUAAUAAUUAGCAUUUUAUUUUGUUCACAUUACAUUACAGAAGUUUUAUAGUUUUGAAUAAAAUCUUUGUAUUGAUUGAAUCAAAGUUUUACAUUUUGUAAGGACUAGCUGAGCUGUGAAAUAAAAGCUCCUGCCUUGUUUGACUGAAGCUGAAAUGAUUUUCCCUUGUGACACUGACAGUAAAAAAAACCCUUCCCCA